CACUACCCGUUUUAACUUUUACCUAGCCUAGCUAACCUAUCCCUUCAGAAGCCGAACACGAAUCCUGAUCAGUUAAACGUCUGAAGGAGCCGUUUGUGGCUCAUCACCACGCUUUCAUGUCUCGUUUGUUCCUGGCGCUGUCACCGUCCGUCAGCUGUACUGUCCCCCGCCACACCGCCAGGUAAACACCGGCCAGCCCCAUGAAGACACCGCCGCUGUCCCCUCACACAUGGAGACCAGUUGAAUAACACACAGCAGCAGUGUGGAGACUGAGACACCAUGGAUCUCUCAGCGCCUGCUCCGGUGGCAGCCCUCCUCCACUGACCUCACCUCCUCCUCCUCCCCAUCUCUUCCUCCACCUUUCCCUCUUUCAUCUUUCCCUCUUCCUCCUCACCCCAACCCUUACUACCCCCACAUCUGUGACCCCAGGGUUACCACUCAGCCCCUCCUACAUCAUGGCAGGGGAGAAAGGACCAACUAAGCGAAGCACCAUGGACAUCAAGCGCCUGGCAAGCCUCAUCCAAAGAGGAACAGGCCGCUUACUGGUGAUUGACAGCAGAACCUUUUCUGAGUACAAUGCGUCACACGUGCAAGGUGCGGUCAACGUCUGCUGCUCUAAGUUGGUGAAGAGGCGACUGCAGCAGGACAAGGUGUCUGUCACUGAGCUGCUGCAACCCAAUGGCAAGGUCAAGGUGGAGCUGGGCAGGAAGCAGGAAGUGGUGGUUUAUGACCAGAGUUCCAAAGAAGCAGGGCAUCUGUCCAAAGACGGCUUUGUGCACAUUCUCAUGGGAAAGUUGGAGGGCACCUUCCACAAAGUGUCCCUGCUCACCGGAGGUUUUGCAGCUUUCUCGUCCUGUUUCCCCGGCCUGUGUGAAGGGAAGCCUGCCACUGCUCUACCUAUGAGCUUGUCCCAGCCCUGCUUGCCUGUGGCUAAUGUAGGGCCCACUCGCAUCCUGCCACACCUCUACCUGGGCUCACAGAAAGACGUCCUCAACAAGGAUCUGAUGGCCCAGAAUGGUAUCACCUAUGUGCUGAAUGCCAGCAACACCUGCCCAAAGCCAGACUUUAUCUGUGAGAGCCACUUCAUGCGCAUCCCAGUAAAUGACAACUACUGUGAGAAAUUGCUGCCCUGGCUGGACAAAACAAAUGAAUUCAUAGACAAAGCUAAGGUGUCAAACUGCAGAGUCAUUGUGCACUGCCUGGCUGGAAUCUCGCGUUCAGCAACCAUCGCCAUUGCAUACAUCAUGAAGACAAUGGGCUUGUCAUCAGACGAUGCCUACAGGUUUGUAAAGGACCGAAGACCGUCCAUAUCCCCCAACUUUAACUUCCUCGGUCAGCUGCUGGAGUUUGAGAAGGGCCUGCGAUUACUCCAAGCUUUAACUUCAACCUCUGAUGAUAAGAUCUCUGAAAACAACACCAAGCAAAGCUCAGAGGUUAAUGGAGUCAACACAGGCUUCGAGAUUAACGGUCUCCACAGCAACUAUGACUCAUCUGUGGCAGAGCCACACAUCCCACCAGAACCCAAGCUACCGUCACCCACCUCCCUCCAGCAAGGCUUCAAUGGCCUGCACCUCUCUGCAGAGAGGAUCAUGGACACUAACCGGCUCAAACGCUCCUUCUCCCUGGACAUUAAGUCUGUCUACUCCCCCAAUAGUCCCCACUGCCCCGGCCUGGCACCCACACACUCUGAAGACGUCCCCAAGCUGUGCAAACUUGACAGCCCAGGAACAGGCACCUCCAAUGGUGUUUGCUCCCAGUCUCCCGUCCUAGAUAGCCCCAGCUCCUCUGAUUCACCAUUCCCCUCACCAGGCAGUGGGGGCAGCAUCGGAGGUUUGGGGCUCGGAGGAAGUGAAGGAGUCCAUAGGUCUAGUUCUUCCUCAUCCAGACCCAGGAGAAAACCCAAGCACAGCUCCAGCAGUUCACCGGUCCACCCCCAUCCACACCAACCUCCACAGUCCCUCUGCUUGUCGCUGGACCACAAGAGCCCCAGCCUGGACGAGAACCUAAAGGGCUCCCUGCUUCUCUCACUACCGUCCCUGCCCACCGUGGGGUCCGGGGCCAUGUGGACCAAACACAGAGACACUGUCCAGGCCACCACUCCUGUCACACCCGUCACCCCCACCACAGAUGCCCCCUGGCACUUUGGGGCAGAGGAGGGCGGUGAGAGAGGGAUGGAGCUGGGCGGAGGAGGGGAUGGAGGGGGAGAGGAGUCAUCGGUGAGAUUUGGGAGCAGCUCGGCGUAUGUGGCGUUUGGGUGCAGUGAAGGUGUGCGGUUACGAGACAAAUCCCAGAGGGAGAAGCCCUCGGUGCCACAGAUGCAGAGAGACCACCGGGACUCCACGUCAUCGUCCACAGUAUCCAUGUCCAACAGCUCCAACAACAGCGGGACUGCGUCAGAGAAGCAGUUCAAGCGGCGCAGCUGCCAGAUGGAGUUUGAGGAGGGCAUCGCUGAGACACGGUCUCGAGAAGAACUGGGGAAGAUCGGGAAGCAGUCGAGCUUCUCUGGGAGCAUGGAAAUUAUCGAGGUAUCCUGACAGAUAAUGGACAUGAUCAGAGCUGUCCCUUGGGGGCAAAAAUGGACCUGUUUAGAAGAGGACAUAUGAGGAGAAGCAGAAGAGGGUUUUUUUGUGCCCCCCUCACAGACAGUGUUAAAGACUCCAACUGAGAGAAGGACAAAUAGAUGCAGGGAGAGAGUUAAUGUGAAAAGGUUAGCAAGCGAACUAGCCUUCACACCUGGACAGACAGAGCCCGAGAUGUGGUGCUUAGAAGACCAUAACCAUCCUGAACUCUCAUACGAAUCUGAAGAAAAGUCUAGGGGAGGGUGGGCUACGGGGGGGUGAACUGAAGGUACUGAAACUCUUAAUGUUUCUGAGCUCUGUCGCAGAUGAAAAGAAACGACCCAGGCCAAGUUGCAUCCUUAUUAUAUAGAAUACCCCUAUUUUGACAGAGAUCGGACACAAACUGCUUGCCUGUGGUCAAAUGUAGUGUGCUUCAGUGGGUGUAUAGCUUGUGAUUUGAACCAAGCCCUAUGUUUCUUCCCAAAGCUUCACCCCAGUGUCAGAAAGCCUCAGAACCUCGCACGGCAACGUCCCCACUCCCAACCCUUCCUUUCCAGGUGGCUCUGCCUGCUACAGACUCUGCAUUACAACAUCAACAACGAUAACAGACUCCUUUACUGCAGCGUCUCCUCACAUCACUCACAGCACAAGGCAGAGAGAUCCCAAGGACUUAAUCUAAAGGCGGUACUGCAUCCAAACAAUGAAGGAUCCUCAGCAUUUUGUUGAUGAAAAGACUUUGAGUUGAAGACUCUUAGUGAUGGGCAGUCUGCCUCCACCCCCUCACCCCCACCCCUCCAAAGCACAGUGUGUCUUUCCUGACUUUGGCUCCCUUGUUUCCAGUGUUAACAGCAUGAUGGGACUGAGGUUUCGGGAUGGUGAUGAGGGUUCAUUUUAAUAGCCCUCCAGCUCCUUUAUAGACCCCCAACCCCCUCCCACGGCUCCCAGUCACCACCUAUGGUCACCACUGAGCAUGCACCAGAAAGGCUGACUACAGACAGACAAAUACUAUAUAUACAAUAUGAAUAUAUAUAGCAAUUUUAAUGGACUUCUAAUGGACUUUUUUGUUCAGUUAUAGUUUUAAUUUAUUGUACUGGUUCAUUCUGGUAAUGAGAAAUAAUAUAAUGUUUUGUGGAUUUAUUUCUUUUCUUCUUUUGUUGAAUUAUUAUUAUUAUUAUUUGCUGUAUGGUAUUUAUGAACACACACUCAUACAAAUACACACAUUCAACAAAUUCAAACGAGCAAUAUGUGCUGUUCCUUCUUUGGGGAGAGUGAUGUAUGACUUUGAAAUGCACUUUUCUGCUUUCUGAUUAACAAUUUCGAUUUCCAUCCACACCCUGGCAACAUGAUACUCAGAAAGCCAAGUGUUGAGUUUUGAUAAUGCAAAUAUAGAGCCUCUGUUUGGUGUUAGGAGGAUGGUACAGACAUCCUACUAGUGAGAUCUAUAAGAACAGGGUCUCUGUUCUGGCUCAACUGUAGUGUGAAUUCAUGGGUUUAUCACAAUUGAGGGCUCAAGCGUUGACUAAAAAGACUGUUUUUUUUGUUUUGACUGUGUGCAGACGAGGACAGAGUAGCCACACACUCUCUGAUCACUCAUAUACAGUUAAACAUGUUCUGCCAGUUUCAUGAGGGCUUGCAUAACAACAACUAUAUGCAAAAACACACACAAACACACACACACACUCUUUCACGAGAUUUAAUUGCACCGAGUGUCCUCUCCGAGCCAGCACCAGUACAUCGGUCAUCAUCAUAGCAUGUCCCACCAAAGCUGAAACCAACACACACACACACACACACACCACACACACACACACACACACACACACACUCAUACUGUAUGCACUUACACUUAUGUUCACACAUGUAAAGCAAAGGCCCGACACACACCCUUUUGUUCAUUCUCAGGGGAUCUUUCAGUGAGCCAAGCCCGGCACAGGGUACACAGCUGCUGGUACAUCAGCACAAUGCAUGUCCGUAAAGCUCCCUCGCUUUCUCUCCUUCUCUUUAAUUUUUUCUUAUUUCUUAUUUCUUAUUUUCCAAAGCUUUGAUAAAAAAAAACAAAAAAAACAGCAUAACAAAAUGGAAAGGAAAAAAUUAGGAUCUUCAUAUCCUGAGGUGAAAGAAAUGAAAAACUUUGCUCUCCUGGUGCGAGAUGAUUAUUUAUUUAUAAUGUAAAAUGUGUUUAUUUUUCCUUUGACCCUUGAUUAGCUUUUCUCUCUGGCGAUCUCUGACCUUUGACCUUGUGCUGCUGCAGCUAAAGUAAGUUCAGAUAGAUUCCUAUGUUCCCCCGAGGCUCAAGUAACCUCUCCUCACCCUUCUCCCUAUAUUUUUAAGAAAUGUUGUUAGAAUUAUUUAUGACAUGUAACAAAGAUGAUGCAGGCUGUCCCAUUUGCUAAAAUUGUUGUUAUUGAAUUAUUAUUAUUAUUAUUAUUAUUAUGUUGUGUAAAUAGCAACGCAUCUAAGAACACUGAUUAAUUUAGAUGAGUUUUUAAAAGAAAAUCCUGAUACCUUAGGCUGCUUGAUGCAAAAAUACCUCAGGUUCUAUUGAAAGGCUUUUCCUUCCCCUGUACAUGUUUUGUGAAAAUGAGACAAAAAUACAGACAUGACAAAAUACAACCUUC